GAAUUCCGUCGUCGUAUUCGUAAAAUUUAAAUUCAAAAAUGGAGAUAGAAGCACAUCUUUAUAUACCUAUCAAACAAAUCAAGGUUGAUAAAUCAGAACCACCAAUGGCGUUGAUAGCGCCACCUCCUGCCGCCGAAUUCUUUCCAAAACUAAUCCACCGCUCAAAAUCGGUACCAUGUCACCUCUACACCGAACAGCGGCGGGUUAUACAGACAAAAACGAGUAUCAAAACCACCCACCACCACCACCUCCUCAAAAGACAUGCAUUGCGAAUUGUCAACGCGGUGGUGGAAGGCGGUGGACAGGCAAGAAUUUUGUUGUCGGACGUGGUGGUGAAGCGGCCGAAGGAGGUGUAUAAGGGUAGGAAAUGGAAUGCCAAGGACCUGACGACGGCGGGAGUGGUGGUGGCGAUGCAUUUGCUAUGUGGUUUCGCUCCAUUUACAUUCAGUUGGGGAGCUUUAUCGGUAGCGGUGGCGUUGUAUGUGGUGACUGGGCUUUUGGGUAUUACUCUCUCCUUCCACAGAAAUCUAUCUCACAAAAGCUUCAAGCUCCCGAAAUGGCUUGAAUACACGUUCGCUUAUUGCGGGGUCCAUGCUCUUCAGGGAAACCCAAUAGAUUGGGUGAGCACACAUAGGUAUCAUCAUCAAUAUUGUGAUUCGGAGAAAGAUCCACAUAGCCCGAUUGAAGGAUUUUGGUUCAGUCAUAUGGGUUGGUUGCUUGAUACUGACAACAUUACAAAAAGGUGUGGAGAGCCGAACAACGUUGGAGAUUUGGAGAAACAACCAUUUUAUAGGUUUCUUAGAAGAACAUAUGUCGCACAUCCAGUAACACUCGCCCUUGUUCUAUAUGCACUCGGGGGAUUUCCUUUUAUUGUAUGGGGAAUGGGUGUGAGAAUAGUUUGGGUGUACCACAUUACAUGGCUAGUGAACUCGGCUUGUCAUGUAUGGGGACAACAAGCAUGGGACACCGGAGACCUUUCAAGAAACAAUUGGUGGGUGGGAAUACUCGCAUUUGGAGAAGGAUGGCACAACAAUCACCAUGCAUUUGAAUACUCAGCAAAACAUGGAUUAGAAUGGUGGCAGAUCGAUAUGACAUGGUAUAUGAUUCGGUUUCUUGAGAUAAUUGGGGUGGCCGCUGAUGUUAAGCUACCAACACAAACUCAUAUUCAAAGAAUGACAUUCCCUCCCAAAACUUGAUCUUCAUAACUCUACUUUGAUGUGGAUAUUGAGCAUCAAGUUUCAAAAGACAUUUUCAUGUUAGGUGACUAGUUUAUAACCUACUGUUUUUUCAUGUUUUGUGUAUGUGAGGAACCUUGCCACUUAUCCUUUUACUUAUGUGUGUAUAUAUAUACUAAGAGUUUAAAGCAUGACUAAUUAAUGAGCACAUGAUUAUAAGGGCAUUUUAGCAUGCACAUGUAUGACUUAUUAUUAUUAUUAUUAUUAUUAUUAUUAUUAUUAUUAUUA